AGUGAGUGUUGAAGCACAGUUGACCCCUUGUCUAGGAACAAUGAAGACUGUCGUCGUAUUGGCGGCCCUCGUGGCCUUGUCGCUGGCAGCUAACCUCCCAACUCCUUCUCACCAUGAGGUUGAGACCAAAGCGGUUGACGCUGAAUUCGUUGCGCGUCAAAAGAAAGUCUUGACUUUCUUCAAGCAUGUCGAGCAGUUCGACCAUGAGGAGGAGUGGUACAAGGUUGGCAAGGAAUACGAAUUCGAAGCUUCCAUUGACAACUACACCAACAAGAAGGCCGUAGAAGAAUUCUUGGUGCUGUACAGAAGCGGAUUCUUGCCCAAAUUCGAAGUAUUCUCAAUCUUUGACGAGAGGAUGCUGGAGGAGACUGUUGCUCUCUUCAACGUGUUCUACUAUGCCAAGGACUUUGAAACCUUCUACAAGACCGCUGCCUGGGCCCGAGUUCACCUGAACGAGUACCAGUUCAUCUACACAUUCUACAUUGCCAUCUUCCAGCGCCCUGACACCCAAGGCAUUAUCGUCCCCGCUCCCUACGAGGUCUAUCCCGAAUUCUUCACCAACACCGAGACUAUGUUCAAAGCUUUCCGUGUGAAGAUGCAAGAUGGCCUCCUCGAUGAGAAGCUGGCUUCCCACCACGGCAUUGUCAAGGAAAACAACAACUACAUAUUCUACGCCAACUACUCCAGCUACUGGACUUAUGGACCCGAGGAGCAGAGGCUGGCUUACUUUACUGAAGAUGUCGGCAUGAACGCCUACUACUACUACUUCCAUUCUUACUUCCCCUUCUGGAUGAGCAGUGAACAUAAAAUUUUCAAGGAGCGUCGUGGUGAAGUUUGGUGGUUCUACUACCAGCAACUGUUGGCUCGUUACUACCUGGAGCGUCUUUCCAACGGUUUAGGCGAAAUCCCUGAGUUCUCCUGGGAGAAGCCUAUCAGGACUAGCUACACUCCUUUCAUGUCUACCCUGUAUUACCCCUUCAUCCAGAGGAACGGUGAAUACCAUAUUCCAGUAGAGAAAUACACCGAAGAAAUUCAGUUCCUGGACACUUAUGAAAAGACCUUCGUUCAGUACCUGCAGCGUGGCCACUUCAAGGCUUACAACCAGGAGAUUGAUUUCCGUAGCUCGAAGUCUAUCAACUUCGUCGGCAACUAUUGGCAGAGCAACCCUGACUUGUACUCGAACACUGAGCCCAGGAACUUCUGGAGGUCCUACGAAAUCAUCGCUCGUCACCUCUUGUCUGCGGUUCCCGAGUCCUACGAGAAGCACGCCGUGCUCCCUUCAGCCCUCAACUUCUACCAGACAUCUCUCCGUGACCCCAUCUUCUACCAGCUGUACGGCAAGAUCCUCAAAUACUUCCUGUUGUACAAGGAGUACCUCCAGCCUUACACCCAUGAAAAACUUCACUACGUAGGCGUCAAGAUCAACGACGUUCACGUUGACAGGCUGGUUACUUUCUUCGACUUCUUCGAGUAUGACAUUACUAACGGAGUCUACCGUAGCAACAACGAAAUCAAGACUGGCACUGAGAGGUACCUGGUCCGCCAGCCGCGUCUGAACCACAAACCUUUCACCGUCACCAUUGACGUGAAGUCUGACGUUGAGAGCGAGGCCGUGUUCAAGAUCUUCUUGGGUCCCAAAUACGACAGCAAGGGCUUCCCCAUCACCCUGCAAGACAACUGGAUGAACUUCGUCGAGCUUGACUGGUUCAAGCACAAGCUUACCAAUGGCCAGAACAAGAUUGAGCGUAGCUCUGAGGACUUCUUCUACUACAAGGACGACUCUGUACCUAUGACUGAGAUCUACAAGUACCUCGAGCAAGGCAAGGUCCCCAAGGACAUGUCUGAGGACUUCGACUCUGCGCCCGCUAGGUUGAUGCUGCCUAAGGGUACUGAGGGUGGUUUCCCCUACCAGCUCUUCGUGUUCGUGUACCCGUACCAGGGUGAAGCCAAGGCUCACGAAUCGCUGAUUGACAAUACGCCUUUCGGCUAUCCAUUCGACCGUCCUGUCUGGGAUGAGACCUAUUUCAAACAGCCUAACAUGUUCUCUGAGGAUGUGUUCGUCUACUUCGAGGGUACCCACUUCCCUUACCAGAUGAACAACCCCUUCUACGUCCCUCUUAAGAACCAGGUCCCCAAGCACUAAGAGGAGAGAGAAAGAGCAUUGUUAUGGUGCCGCAAUAGAGU